ACCUCGCGCCGCUUCCGGAAGGUGCCCGGAGUGUGCCUGAGGCCGGGGGGAGGGGGGCCGCGCCGCUCCGCUCCGCCGCGGGGACAGAGCGGCCGUGUCCAGCGCAGCUCCCCGGCCCCGCGGCCAGGCCAGGCCUGGCCUCACUGACUGACUGACAGAGAGAGAGAUCCGGCCCCGGCCCGCGUCCCCGAGCCGCUCUGCCGGCCCCGGCCUUUCCCCCGCCAUGCAGCCGGAGCCCGAGUGCCGGGUGCUCUCCAUCCAGAGUCACGUCGUCCGCGGCUUCGUCGGAAACAAGUCGGCGGCGUUUCCGCUCCAGGUGUUGGGAUUCGAGGUGGACUUAAUCAACUCAGUCCAGUUCUCCAACCACACAGGAUAUGAUCACUGGAAGGGGCAAACCAUGACAGCAGAUGAACUGCAAACACUGUAUGAAGGGCUCCAACUGAAUGAUGUAACUCGCUAUGACUAUGUCCUGACAGGUUACACCAGAGACACUUCAUUUCUGGAUAAGGUGAUGGAAAUUAUUCAGGAGCUGAGGAGACAGAACCCUAAACUGGUUUAUGUCUGUGACCCUGUGAUGGGUGAUAAAAGGAAUGGAGAUGGAUACAUGUAUGUUCCGGAAAAUCUUCUUCCAGCUUACAAAGAGAAAGUGGUCCCCCUCGCUGACAUCAUCACUCCAAACCAGUAUGAAGCAGAAAUUCUUGCAGGAAGGAAGAUGAAUACAGAAAAGGAGGCGAUUGAGGUUAUGGAUAUUCUCCAUGCAAUGGGCCCUGACACUGUCGUGAUCACAAGCUCUGAUCUCCCCUCUGCUUUGGGGGACAAUUACUUGGUGACCCUUGGCAGCCAGAGAAAGGUGAUUGCAGGUGGUUCACGAGUGACUGAGCGAAUCCGGAUGGAGAUUCCAAAGGUGGAUGCUGUGUUUGUGGGCACAGGGGACUUAUUUGCUGCGAUGCUUCUGGCUUGGACACAUCAGCAUCCCAACAACCUGAAGAUUGCCUGUGAGAAGACAGUCUCUGCUCUUCAACACAUUGUGACCCGGACGAUCUCGAAUGCAAAAGCUUUGGCUGGACCAGGUAAGAAGCCAAGUGCAGCACAGUUGGAGCUGCGAGUGGUGCAGAGCAAGCGACAGAUUGAAAACCCUGAGAUAAUAAUCCAUGCAACUACCAUAUAACCGUCUCAGCUGCAUAGCACUGCUCCUGUGUAGCCAUGCCAAGUACACCUGGGUAUGGCGCCUGUUGGAAAGGUUUGUCCCCAAGUCUGAAAGGGAUCAUGGAUCAGAGAGCUCUCUGUGUUGCUUGAUCCUGCUGUACGGGGAUAACUCUUUCUGGUGGGAAUGCCUGAGACAGACAGGUAGAGAUUGGAUGUAAUCAUCCUCCCUUAGACUGCUGUCCAUCUCUCCCUGCAGUUAUGUUACACGGGAGCUGGGUAUUUGCAGUUGCCUACUUGUUUUGGAACAUCUGCCCAUCUGAUGUGUGCCCAGUUUGUCAAUGUAUGUGGAGUGACUCUGUGUACACGGUGUGGGAUGAGAGGUCAGAGUGAGGACAUCCUUGGCAGGGAUGGGGAUGCUGCUGGUAGUUGGGAAUGUGUCGUGGAUGGAUGUACAAUUAAUAGGCACAACUGCAGGAAAUGUUGCAGCAAAAUGAAUAAUGUCAAUAUUUUGAUGAUGAAUCAUAAGGGAGUCCCUGGGCUGUGUUUCUAUCAGAUCCAGUACUGCUGAUCCACACUAUCCCCUGAUGCUGAUUGUGACCAUGGGCUCAGGUAAAUGGCCCUUUACCCUAUAAUACUGUCCAGUAACUCCCUCUCAUUUGUUUAUUCAAUGAUUUGAAGUUGAUUGGCUGUUUGUGAUAGUUUGCACCUGGAUGGUUUAUUGGAUUUUAAUUGGAGCGAUAAAAUUAAACACAAAGUACAGAAAUGGGCCAUCUGGCCCAUCCAGGUCAUGCUGGAGUUCAUUCUGCACUCUAACCUCCUCCUCUACUUCCACACCCAAACCUACCACCAUAAGCCGUUCUUCCUUUCUUCCAUAGGAGUUUGGCUUCCCUGUGAAUGUAUUUAUACUCUUUACUUCGAACACUCCCUCUGGCAGGAAACCUGACAUUCUCACCCAUUGUCCAAGUAAAGAAAUAUCAUCUGUUUGUCAGAGGGUGUUUGAGGGAGGCAUUGUAGAGGGAGCUUUAGUGUGUAUCUGACCCCGUGCUGUCCCUGUCCUGGGAAUGUUUGGGGACAGUGUAGAGUAAGCUUCACUUUGUACCUUAUAUGUAUUAGAGAGAUCCUCCUCUCCUCGUCCUUAUGUUGUGAUAAUUGAAAGAAUAGAAUAGACCAUCUGCAAGGCAGAGUAAAGCUGUAAUGUCCCCCGUUUCCGGUCCAUGUACUGUUCUCCUGACCCCCCCCCCCCAAUUAUAUAUUUGAGGUUGAUUAGAUUAAGCUGUCAAUUCCACACUGAGUGAAGGCUCUGCAUGUGCUCAGUCUGCCUGGGCUCUGAGACACAACUCAGCCAAUGCCCAGGUUCUGAGAGCUGGGGAAUGGGAAAUGCUCUGAGGUGGUCUCCACAAUGGCUGGAAGACUUUGAAAUGAGAUAGGUCAGAGGGUGGAAACCAACCAGAGCAAAUUGUCAAACAUUGCUCUAUGACCUCUUGAAUCUCUUUCCCCAGCUUCUGGGAGUGGGCAUUUGGUGGUGGUGUCUGUCUGGGUUCCAUGGUAAUAAGAGGAAGAAGGUAACCACUCUGUGUGCUGUUGAACUUGUGAAGUCAGGGCUAUAUUGACUAACCUGUUUGCUUUGUGCCAUCAAUUGACAAACCUGUCGUUUUCCACCCCCUUCUUUCUUCACCCCCAUCUUUCUUCACCCCCAACACCCUCAAGCUUCAGGUUCUGUGUUAGUUGCCUUGGAUGGUAUUCUUAAAGCCAUUUGUCUGUCUGGUUUAGUGAGACAGAGCUUAGGAUCACUUCCCUCUGGUCUCCCAGGGUGGACAAGAGGCUGGACUCCAGUCUCCUACCUCAUUCUCAAUGGUCUCAGUUCACACGGUUGAUGAUGAGACUGCUUGCACCUGGUUAGGGAAUCUAGAACACAGGGAUAUGUGCUCAGAAUAAGGGACCAAUCACUUAGGACUAAGUUGAGAAAUUUCUUCACUGGGAUGGUGACUCUCUGGAAUUCUCUAACCAGGGCUUUGUGGAUGCUUCAUCAGCCAAUAUAUUUAAGGCUAGAGGAGACUGAUCUUGGCUCUCGGGGAAUCACAAGUGGUUAGGACAGUGGGGGUUAAGCUGGUGAUCAGUCAAGAUCAUAUUAGAUAAAGGAGCAGGUCUGAGGAAUGUUAUGCUGUUCUCCUGCUUCUGUUACCCGUGAUCCUGUGAUAGGGACAGGGAGACAAUGGGGACUAAGGGUUCUGAGUGAUUCUGCUUCAUGGAGAGGAAAUGGCAGCUUUGGUUCCUGCCCCUGACCCUGCCUCCUAUCAGUGUCCCUGCAGUUUGCAAGUUGGAGGGAGUGGUAAUACUUGAUGGCAUAACAUUCAAUGUCAAAUAUUCCAAUUAUGCAAAAGUAAUGUUCUGAAGCUGCUGGAAAUCUGAAAUUGCGGGCGGCACGGUGGCACAGUGGUUAGCACUGCUGCCUCACAGCACCUGAGACCCGGGUUCAAUUCCCGACUCAGGCGACUGACUGUGUGGAGUUUGCAGCGGGCGGCACGGUGGCACAGUGGUUAGCACUGCUGCCUCACAGCACCUGAGACCCGGGUUCAAUUCCCGACUCAGGCGACUGACUGUGUGGAGUUUGCAGCGGGCGGCACGGUGGCACAGUGGUUAGCACUGCUGCCUCACAGCACCUGAGACCCGGGUUCAAUUCCCGACUCAGGCGACUGACUGUGUGGAGUUUGCACGUUCUCCCUGUGUCUGCGUGGGUUUCCUCCGGGUGCUCCGGUUUCCUCCCACAGUCCAAAGAUGUGCGGGUCAGGUGAAUUGGCCAUGCUAAAUUGCCCGUAGUGUUAGGUAAGGGGUAAAUGUAGGGGUAUGGGUGGGUUGCGCUUCGGCAGGUCGGUGUGGACUUGUUGGGCCGAAGGGCCUGUUUCCACACUGUAAGUCUAAUCUAAUCUAAUCAAACAAACCCUGGAAAUACUCAACAGGCGAAUUAGCGUUUGUGCAGAGACAGGUUUUAUUUUCUUGCAUAAAACAUCACAUCAAGGUUAACUUGCUGCCCAUUCCUAACUUGACAAGCUUGUUGAACUGCUGCGUUGAAUCACUACAGUCAGUUGGAUGAAAGGUCCCAGACCUGAAACUCUAACCCUUUUCUUCACUACACAGGCACUGCCUGACCUCCUGAGUAUUUCUGACAAUUUCUGUUUAUUAUCUUAGCAAUGCACGCUGUUCAUAAAUCACACACACAAUGGAUCCAUCCCCCAGAAAGGUAGACGGUAUGCAUGUGGGAUCCCAUCCCCCUGGGCAGAGACAGUGCCCUCUUUUAAAAAGAUGAAGAGACAGCUUUAAGUACAUUAAUUUUACAGUUUAAUUCUCAGUAAACCUGGAACUUUAAUUGUAGAUCACAGCACUAAAAUUGAUUGAAAUCUGUGUUCAACCUCCUGAGAUAGCAACUGUCUAAGUAUUCUUAGGAGAUGUAAAACAGUUUUAUAAUUAAAAAUGAUCUUGACUCCAGCAAACACAAACUCUUCUUGUUGGAUGUUCCUUUAUGAUGGGAACUGCUUGCUGCUCAGUGAAUGUUUGGUUUUCUCUGCUGGGGUCUUGUGUAUAAGUGAGAAAUGGAACUAGUUUGAGAUAUUUGUUUGAUGGAUCUUUAUGCUCCUGCAUUGGCUGUUCAGUAAAAGACAGCUGAACUCACAUUGAUAGUCACUGCUCAUACAACGCACCUUAAUAAAGCCGUCCUUCCUACCUGAGUUGUUACCUGCAGAAACCCAUCUGUCUGUCAUCAACAGUGUUGAGGCUGGUCCAAUCUGUGGGUCAUCUCUGGCUGGGAAUAGUUCAGGAUACUAAAGAGGCAAAACAAAAUAGUGAGUAAACCUUGUGAAUGUGAGUGUGUGCGUCUGUGCGUCAAUAUAUAUCCUGGGUAGGUGACUUAGUCUGUAAUGUUUGUCUGUGUGUCUCGCUUUCUUAGAUCCUGGCCAGGUGAGCUCCACUGACCUGCCCCCUCACUGCUCUGUUGCUGGGCACAUAGUGAUGCCACUUCUGUCCAGCUUUGGUCAGGAAGACUGCUCUUCCUCCUGGUUCAGCUCCCUCACCACUUGGGAAGAUAACAGUUUACCUCGGCCAAACACAGAUCAGGAAAUCACAGGGUCCCAGAUGGUCAGUGUUCAGAAGCUUUGACCUGUGCCUGUUGUGAUAAUGUAGGACUGAUCCUGUAAGCUGUCAAGCUUGCAGUAUCUGGGAGAAUUUCUCUAGAUUGUUGGUAGAUUUUGUUGAGUCCUGCUUCCGACAUUCAAACUCUGUGCUACAUAUGUUCCUGUACCGUCCAGUGUGUGCAGUAUUAAUAUAUCAAACUAAUGAACUAAAAUCAAUCUUUUCAAAUUAAUUUACAUAUAAAUAUCUAAAGAUUUAUCUUUGACUGGAAAUAAAUCAUUUAUUUAAUAA